UUUAGACCGUACAGCGCAGACGUAGUUCUGUGGUUUGCCGGUCACCUUGGAGCAUUAGGAUGUUUAUCAAAAGCUGCCUCCGCUUCUGUCGGCCCUUCUCUCUCCCGGCCCUUAAAGGGUCUGGGGAUCAAGCAGGCACCCAGUGUGGCGUUUGGCUCUCUCCUCCUCUCGUUCGCCCCAGCCUUUCAUGCGUUCUAGAUCAAAGUCAGUCGCUGGGGCCGAAGUCUGGGAAAGCCGGCUGUUUGAGUACACGCCCCCUCCACCGCAAAGACAGUUUUGAUUCCUCAGGAAAGCAGUUCUUCGUCGGGCAUUCGUAACUAAGAAAAUUUGGCUACCUAAAUCCAUGUAGAAGCGCUAAUUUGGCCUGGAAAACCGAGGAGUAAGUGCAGAUUUGCUACUCCUUAAGGACCUAGAGAGGACUCCAUCUCCCAGGACGACUCCAUCUCCCAGGACGUGACAGUGGUGAAGUCCUGGUUAUAAUUUAGAAAGACGGCCAAUAGGAGUUUUAAAAAGACCGCGCUUGGCCUUGGCCUGAGCGCUGAAAGAGGGUCGAAUUGCCUGGGAAGCCAUGGAAGCUGCUGGGAAAGAGGAAAUCAGUGUUGAAGAUGAAGCUGUGGAUAAAAAUAUUUUCAAAGAUUGCAACAAGAUUGCUUUCUACAGGCGUCAGAAACAGCAGCUCUCCAGGAGAUCAACCUAUAAGGCAUCACUAGACUCAGCCAUGAUAGGCAAAGACAGCACCAAGUUCCGAAUCAUCAAUGAAACAACCAAGGUUCCCCUUCUGGCUGAAAUUUAUGGUAUAGAGGGAAAUAUUUUCAGGCUUAAAAUCAAUGAGGAAACUCCCCUGAAACCCAGGUAUGAGGUUCCCGAUGUACUCACAAGCAAGCCCAGCACUGUAAGGCUUAUUUCAUGUGCAGGGGAUGCAGAUAGUCUGGUAUUGACAGACGGAAAAGGAGAUCUGAAGUACCAUAUCACAGCAAACCCAUUCAAGAUAGAUUUGGUGUCUGAAGAAGAAGUAGUGAUGAGCAUAAACUCCCUGGGCCAAUUGUACUUUGAGCACCUGCAGAUUCCUCUUGCGCAAAGAGCUACCAAAGAAAAUAAGGAGGACACAUCAGCUGACACUUCUCAGGAAGACCAAGACGAUCUGGGCCUGUGGGAGGAGAAAUUCGGAAAAUUUGUGGAUAUCAAAGUUAAUGGUCCUGCCUCCAUUGGUUUGGAUUUCUCCUUGCAUGGAUUUGAGCAUCUCUAUGGGAUCCCGCAACAUGCAGACUCACACCAACUUAAAAAUACUAGUGAUGGUGAUGCUUACCGUCUUUAUAACCUGGACGUCUAUGGAUAUAAAAUACAUGACAAAAUGGGCAUUUAUGGUUCAGUGCCUUAUCUCCUGGCCCACAAACUAGGUAGAACUCUAGGCAUUUUUUGGCUCAAUGCCUCUGAAACUCUAGUGGAGAUCAAUACGGAGCCUGCAGUAAAGUACACGGUAACCCAGAUGGGCCCUGUUGCAGCUAAGCAAAAGGUCAGAUGUCGAACUGAUGUGCACUGGAUGUCAGAGAGUGGAAUCAUUGAUGUCUUUGUGCUGACGGGACCUACGCCUUCUGACGUCUUCAAGCAGUAUUCAUACCUUACAGGCACACAGGCCAUGCCCCCUCUCUUCUCCUUGGGGUACCAUCAGUGCCGCUGGAACUAUGAGGAUGAGCAGGAUGUAAAGGCGGUGGAUGCAGGAUUUGAUGAACAUGACAUUCCUUAUGAUGUCAUGUGGCUGGACAUAGAGCAUACCGAGGGCAAAAGGUACUUCACUUGGGACAAGAAAAGAUUCCCAAACCCCAGAGGGAUGCAAGAGCUGCUCAGAAGCAAAAACCGUAAGCUUGUGGUCAUCAGUGACCCCCACAUCAAGAUUGAUCCUGACUACUCAGUGUAUGUUAAGGCCAAAGAACAGGGCUUCUUUGUGAAGAAUCAUGAAGGAGGAGACUUUGAAGGGGUUUGCUGGCCUGGUCUCUCCUCUUACUUGGAUUUCACCAAUCCCAAAGUCAGAGAGUGGUAUUCAGGUCUUUUCACUUUCUCUGCUUAUCAGGGAUCUACUGACAUCCUCUACAUAUGGAAUGACAUGAAUGAGCCCUCUGUAUUUAGAGGGCCAGAGCUAACCAUGCAGAAGAAUGCCAUUCAUCAUGGCAAUUGGGAGCACAGGGAACUUCACAACAUGUAUGGUUUUUAUCAGCAAAUGGCUACUGCAGAAGGACUAAUACAACGAUCUAAGGGAAAGGAGAGACCCUUUGUUCUUACCCGUUCUUUCUUUGCUGGAUCACAAAAGUAUGGUGCUGUGUGGACAGGUGACAACACAGCCGAAUGGAGCUACCUGAAAAUUUCUAUCCCUAUGUUACUCACCCUCAGCAUUACUGGGAUCUCUUUUUGCGGAGCUGACGUAGGCGGCUUCAUUGGGAAUCCGGAGGCAGAGCUGCUAGUGCGAUGGUACCAGGCUGGAGCCUACCAGCCUUUCUUCCGUGGCCACGCCACCAUGAACACCAAGCGGCGGGAACCCUGGCUCUUUGGGGAGGAAUACACGCAGCUCAUCCGGGAAGCCAUCCGGCAGCGCUACACCCUCCUGCCCUAUUGGUAUUCUCUGUUCUACUGUGCACACGUGACAGCCCAGCCCGUCAUGAGACCUCUGUGGAUAGAGUUCCCAGAGGAAUUAGGCACUUUUGGGGUAGAAGAUGAAUACAUGCUGGGAAGUGCUUUAUUGGUUCAUCCAGUCACAGAACCAAAAGCCAGCACAGUUGAUGUGUUUCUGCCAGGAUCAAAUGAGGUCUGGUAUGACUCUAAAACAUUUGCUCAUUGGGAAGGAGCACGUACUGUGAAGGUCCAGGUAGCCUUAGACACUAUACCGGUAUUUCAGCGAGGUGGAAGUAUAGUACCAAUAAAGACGACUGUAGGAAAAUCCACAGGCUACAUGACCGAUUCCCCAUAUGGACUCCGGGUGGCUCUAAGCACUAAGGAUUCUGCCAUGGGUGAAUUCUAUCUUGACGAUGGUCAUUCGUUCCGGUACCUCCACCAGAAGCAAUUCUUGCACAGGAAGUUUUCAUUCUUGUCAGGAGUUUUGAUGAACAGUUGUGCUGACAAAAGAGGUCAUUAUCCCAGCAAGUGUGUGGUGGAGCAGAUCUUUGUCCUAGGCCUCAGGAAACAGCCAUCUUCUGUGACUAUCCGUUCAUCUGAUGGUAAAGAUGAGCCUGUGGCUUUUACCUAUUGUGCCCAGAUGGCCACCCUGCAGCUGGAGAAGCUCUCACUGAACAUCGGUGCUGACUGGGAGGUCCAUGUCCAAUGACGAGCAGCUGACACUUGGCUUUCAGUAACUAUUGGCUACAAGUGGUUAACUGGUGGAUUUGGUUGAUUAAAAAAUGAGAACUGAAUGUAUUUGUUUCUGAUUUACUUUUUUGACAGGAUUCUUCCCUGUAGACAUAGUAGACCUUGUGCAUUUUCUUGUGGACAUGUUUUCUGAUAUCAUUUGAGAUUUGGGCUUUGCACCACAUAUAGGCUCACACAGACAUUUGCAGAUUCUCUGCUAUUUCUGUAAGUUUUGCAAUUCAGGAGAAAGGAGGAAAGCGACAUUAGCUGAAGCAGUAUUUCCCAGAUUCAUACUUCCCUUAGCAACCUACAGUAAGAACCUGAAAAUGGGGUACUUGACCUAAUAUAAGUGAUGGCUUUUAAUAGCAUUUAAAGUUGAAUAAUUAAGACCUAUCUUUAGAUUAAUAUUUAUUGCAUUUAUUCUUCCACGUCAAAUAUUUGGGAGGGAAGGAAUGAGUAAGAACUAGUAAAUUAGUGGUAAACUGCUCUACCUUGACCCAGAAUGAUACUGAAACAGUCACCUAGAGACAGUGAGUGGAAAGAAAUAGUCUAGGUGUUAACUGUUCUCUGUCCUUACUGCUUCUCCCCCUUCCCCCACCUCCUGUUCCUACAGCUGUGCCCCCAGAGCGCGGUGUCGGGGUGAGUUGACCUACAGGUAUUCAGUUACCUUGUUGUGGGUAGUUCUUGACAUGUUUACUCAGGAAACAGGAUUUCAUGUAAGAAUUUGAAUAAUAUCCACAGAGGUUGAAACAAAGCUCUCAAAUGCAUAAUGUAUCUUUACUUAAGGCUUCAAUACCAAGGAAUGAGUUGACAAAUUAGUUUAAAAUCAGAAACUGCCCAACAGAAAAACAGGCAAAGGUAAUUUGCAAAAUAAAGUAAAAUAGACAAAACAAGCAUGAAGGGUGCUCAGCCUCAUUGAUAAUCAAAGAAAUGAAUUUUUUAAAAGAUUUUACUUAUUUGAGAGAAAGAGAGCGUGAGAGAGAGAUCAUGAGCAGGGAGGGGGCAGGAGCAGAGGGAGAAGCAGGCUCGAUCCCAGGACCCUGAUCAUGACCUGAGCUGAAGGCAGGCCCUCAACCUGAGCCAUCCAAGGGCCCCAUAAGUUUUUUUUUUUUCUUUUUCCUGACUGGCCAAGAUGAAGAAGAGUGAAAAUGUCCAGUGCUAAUGCUGGUGUGGGGAGUAGUCAUUCUCAUCUAUCACUGGUGAAAUUAUAAAUAAGUACAAUCUUUCAGGAUGUAUAUCUGGCAAGAGGGCCAAAACUUUAAAUCUGUAGAGUCUAACCCAGCAAUUCCACUUCAGAAAAAUCAGAUAAAUUGCUCAGAGCUACUAACUGCAGUGUGAUUUACACUGUGGAAAACUAGGAAUAUGCUGUGUUCUUUAACAGGGGGCUGGUUAAAUAUAGCCCUUUCAUACAGCAAAAUACUGAAAUAGAGGGACAUCCUGUACUCUUCAAAUGUAAAGACCAUGAAAAAGAGGUCUGAAGAAAUGUUCUAGGUUGAAGGGGGGUACAAAAGAGACAUUACAACAAAUGUGUGAUCCUGGGCUGGAAUCUGGGCCUAUAAAGGGCGUGAUUGGGAUAGUUGGCAAAAUUUGAAUGGCAUCUUUUGAUUACAUAGUUAUUUUCCUAAUUUUAAGGGUUAUACUAUAAUUAUAUAGAAUUUCCUUUCUUUUAGGAAAUACUAAAGUAUUAAAGGAUAAUGGAUCAUAGUAUCUUUAACUUACUCUCAAAAUGGCUCAGAAAAUGUAUAUAUGUAUGAGAAGGAGACAGAGAAAGAAAAAGGCAAAAUGAGUUUAAAUGUUAAGGAACCUGGGUGAAGGGUAUAUAGGAAUGUUUUAUGCUAUAUUUUCCACUUUCCUAGAAGUUUUAAAUUAUAUAAGAAACAAAAUGUUGGGCCAUAUCUCUAUAAUAUCUAACAACUUUAAAAUUUUUGCUUUGUAGCACUGUAAAAGCUUGUAAGCUGUGGCAUAUAAAAUAGGAUGAAACAAAUUGAGUUAAUACAAGAACCUACCUUGUUU